AUGACCGUCAACACGUUUGCAGUCUCGUUCGAAUGUGGAGUUUCGACGAGCAAGGACGUGUCUGGAAUGUGGGCCGUCGACAGUGGUGCAACGCACUACAUUUGCCACGACAAGACCAAGUUCGCAAGUUUGGCAGAGCGCAAUGAGGGCGAACUCUUGGUGGCUGAUGGCAACAAGGUGGCCAUCGAGGGUGUGGGAACCAUCAUGGAAAAGGUGGUUCUGCCCAACGGUGAAGAGCGUGAGAUCGAAAUCAAGAACGCGCUAUAUGUUCCAAGUAUGAGCAAGAACCUGCUCUCGGUGCCACAGAUUAACAGCCAUGGCAAGUUUCAAGUCGUGUUUGACGGGUCCAAGAUGUAUGUGACUCUCAAGAACUCACAGCAAGUGAUGGCGACAGCGGAUCUCGUGGAUGGACUCUACUGGCUUCGGACGACUCAACGAUCAGCGAAUGUGACAACAAGUGGAACCAGUUGUGCCGAUCUACAUGCGAGAAUGGGUCAUGCUCCAGUCGAUGUACUUCGCAAGAUGAUCGCGACCAACAUGAUCAAGGAUGUGCGAGUCCCUCUCAAGUCGGGUGGAGCAACUACAUGUCGAGGAUGUCAACAAGGGAAAAUGGUCCAAAAACCAUUUCCAAGCAACCGAGACAAGCGCGGCUACGAUACGUUUGAGCUACUUCAUCUGGACAUCUGCGGGCCCAUGGAAAAGGAUUCGCUCGGUGGCAGCAAAUAUUUGCUGCUGAUCAUCGACGAAGCCAGUGGAUGCAUGAAGGGCUUUUGUCUACGAGUGAAGUCCGAGAGUGAAGACUACAUCCGGAAACAUAUCACCAUGGUACAGACGCAAUUCUGUAAGAAGGUCAAGUUCGUGCGACACGACGGAGCUCGCGAGUUUGCAACCAACUCGCUUCAACUGUUCUACGAAGACGAAGGCAUUGAACAGCAGACAACGGUGCCGUAUGUGUUGUUAGGUGUAAAGCUUGACGACCGAAACUGGGAGUGA